AUGGGUAGUCUGAAAUCUCUCAAAGUUCUAAACCUUGAAGGUUGUGUAAGCCUUACCAACUUACCAGAGGACUUGCGGCUUUUAAAUAGUUUAGAGGAGCUCAAUUUGAGAGGCAUUUCUGUAGAAGACAGAGAUCUACCAUCUUCCAUUGCACUUCUUGAAAACCUUAAAACACUAUCUUGUUGCGGAGGACGACAAUGGAACAAUAUGAUGAAUAUCAUUGUUGGAAGAGGUCUCUCAUCAUCGGCUGGUCUUUUUUCUUUGAAAAAGUUGGAACUAGUCAGCUGCGGUCUUGGGAAUGGAGCAUUUCCUGAAAAUUUUGGCUGCUUAGUUUCUUUAGAAUAUUUAAACCUUAGCAAUAAUGAUUUUUCUCACCUACCUGUCAGUCUCAAUAAACUAUCCAAGCUUAGGUUUAUUGAUUUAAGCUACUGUAGAGAUCUAGAAUUGUUGGGGCCAGAGCUUCCUCCUGGCCUAAAAUGGGUAGGUCUUAGUUACUGUGUAUCACUGGACAAGUUUCUUGAUCCAUUAAUGAACGAGCAAUGCAGCUUGGGGUGUUCUGCAACUUGCAUGGGAUGCUUGAAAUUGGCAACAAGGCAAGGCAGCGACAGGACAGCAUUUACACUACUAAAAGCACACCUUCGGAAUCGCCCCAGCGAAAGAUUUAACAUUCUUCUUCCUGGAAACGAAAUUCCAUCCUGGUUCACUCGUACAAGUUUCGAGCCCUCCAUAAAUUUACAACUAGAUCCGAAUUGGUGUAACAGUAAGUGGAUGGGUUUCGCUCUUUUUUGUUGGUGCGCUCUUAUACCAAGCCCAAUUUUCGAGUGUUUUGUACUGAUUCAGGAAGUGGGCCGUGGAUUUGGACUAACAAACACCUAUCAAUGUGACGUGGUCUCAGCGGUGGGUUCCCCAGCGGAUCACCUUUGGUUAUUGUAUGUGCCUCUUAAUAUAAUAAAGGGAGAGUGGCAAAACAAUAACUUCAGUCAGCUUAAGUUUUCAUUUCAAACAAAAGACUUGGAUGGUAAAACAUUUACAAAGAAGUACAUUAGAUCGUGUGGUGUCCGUCUGGUGUACGAGCAAGACAUAGAAGCUAUGAACCCAAUUUCCAGCAAGCGCAUCGAAUAUCCUUUUGAAGGAUGA